AUGGCGUCUAUCGAGACUGAAGCGCAGACCGGGAGCAGGAAGCUCGUUCUCUGCUUUGAUGGCACAGGCAACUCAUUCAGUGGCUCCGGCUCUGACACCAAUGUCGUGAAGCUCUUGCGUAUGCUUGACCGCAAUGACAAACACCAGUACCACUACUACCAAACCGGUAUCGGAACAUACGACGUUGACGACACCAGUGUCAACAAGAACUGGGUCAGCGAGGUCCGCAGCAAUAUCUCUCAGAAGAUCGACAUGGGCUUCGGGACCACCUUCGAUUCCCACGUCAUUGCUGGAUAUCGGUUCCUCAUGCGCUACUAUGAGACUGGCGACAGAAUCUACAUCUUUGGCUUCAGUCGUGGGGCCUUCACCGCCAGGUUCCUGUGUCGAAUGGUCAACACCGUUGGUCUUCUCUGCAAGGGUAACGAAGAGAUGGUACCCUUUGCAUAUAAACUUUACCAAGACCAUCUAGCAAAGGUCAAGAAGAGCGGCAAAGAAGAAAAGGCUGCCGUGAUCAGCCCUACCGAUGCCCGAGAGACCAACGGCCAAACAACCAAAAACACGAAAGCCCCCACCGUCAGUACCUACGAAACGCCUGCGAGUCCACCAGAUACGCCUGUUGAUGAGGCCUUCCCCAUCGGAAUCAGCAGCUCCAAUGACGCAAUCAAGAAGCCCAAGGGCUGGAGAAGAAGAGGCAAGAGGAACGAGAUGGAGGCCUUCAGCAAGACCUUCUGUCGCAAGGAAGAGAGCGAUCACGGGAAAGAAAACAUCAAGGUCUUCUUCCUCGGCAUGUGGGACUGCGUCAACUCCGUUGCAGUCCUCGAGAAGGUUGGCGACAAGCCGACCUCGGUCAAGGGUACCGCAACCUAUGUGCGCCAUGCCGUUGCUGUAGACGAGUUCCGAGUCAAGUUCAAGCCUGCUCUUCUCGCGCAAGACAUCACCAAACCUUCCACUAAAAAGCACCAACAUGCUGAAGAUGACAUCAAAGAGGUGUGGUUCCCCGGAAACCAUGGUGAUGUUGGUGGAGGUUGGUCGGCAAUUAAGGAUGAUCCGACAUGGAAAGACAGAGAGCUCCAGAGGAUCAGGGAGGAAAAGUUGAGAAACGGUGAUUUCAGAACGGAUGAUAUUCCUGACUACUUGAACCCUCCCACUCUUUGGAAUAGGUUUUUGAGUAUGUUUGGAAGGGGACGAAAGGACGAAGAGCUUGAUGAUAGCGAAGAUAUGCAGCUGAGCGACAUUCCUCUUUCUUGGAUGAUCCGCGAGCUCGAGCUCGCGGACGCGGAGUACAAAGAGAAGAGCGAGAAGAACGGUAAGAAGAAUGAGACGGGGCUGAAGUGGCGACCAAGACGCUUGGACAGAUUCAAGCAAAGCAUCUACCAGGAUCAGUUGAAGCAGGAGCAGGCCCUUAAGGGAUGGAUCCAUGACCUUCUUCGACCUGGAAAGGGAAUGGGCUACUUCAAGCCAUUUAUGUGGUACCUGCUUGAGAUUUGCCCUCUUAUCAAGAGAUGGGAACUCGAUGACAAGACCAAAGAGUGGAAGCUUUGCCAGUGGCCCCUCAACAAAGGCGGUCCUCGAGAUAUACCCCGCAACGCCAUCUUGCACGAGUCUCUACACCGACGUCUCCAUAACGAUAAACACUACGAGCCACAGAAUAACCAUGGCAACUUGAAGGAGGCAUGCUUGAAGAAGAACCGUGAUCAUUACGAUCCCCAUCAAGCUCACGUAGGGAAUUGUGCAGAGAGUUGUUUCCACAACACUUGGAAGUUCAAAGCGCAUGGAGAUCAUGCAAAUCAAGUUAUGUCUCAGACGGCAAACUAA